UUUGCAAAUUAUAAAUAGCACGGGAAAGGAUUUUUAAAUAACAAUUAUUAAAGAAAAAAAAUUGCAAGCAAAAAACGUGCACAACUAAAAAGCGCUCAACUAAAGAAAGCUGAAAAAUAAAAAGUCUUCAAAAGCCAGCAACAUGUUGCAGCAACAUCAGAUGUUUAUAUUGACCACCGCCGUGCUAUUUUUAAUGGUUAGCGGCGUGUCUGGCCAACAGUUGAAGGGAAACCAAGAGGAUCCGUGCAAGGUGAAAGGACGAGUGGUUGGCGAUGAAGUCUAUUGCGACCGUUAUUGGGAGUGUGUUAGCAAUCAGCCAGAGCUUUACGAUUGCCCCAAUGGACUGGUCUUUGCCGGGAAGCAUCGUGGCGUCACGGAAGGCUGUGAUUAUCCGUGGCGCGCCAACUAUUGCGAGGGCAAGCAAUUAGCGAAUGGUCCCAUUUCGACGGAACAUUGCGACUGGUUGUAUGGCAUCUUUGGUCAUGAGACAUCCUGCACACGUUAUUGGACUUGUUGGAAUGGCACCGCUACGGAACAGCUUUGCAUUGGAGGUCUCUUGUACAAUGAGAAUGCUCACAGCUGCGAUUGGCCGGAAAAUGUGGACGGUUGUCAGAAGCAUCCUCUCUGCAAUGACGACGCCAACGGCAAUGUCCCAUUGGGCAAAUCAUGCAACCGUUAUUGGCAAUGCCAAGGUGGUUAUCCACGCUUGCAACGUUGUCCAGCUAUGUUGGUAUUCGAUCGGCAUUCACUGCGUUGCGUUGUACCCCCGACGGAGGAGUGUGAUAUACCCACAACGCCAACGCCACUGGAUGGCGAGGGAGAGAACAACAACGUUGGCGGUGGUCAGCAGCUGACCAAGGACGAGCAGGAGCGAAAGCUGGCCAAUGAAGGUGUGCCGCCAUUGCCAUUGCAAGGCAAGAACUUUCAACGUGCUAGAAAUUAGGAAUUUCAAUUUAAAUGCAGUGAAAGCAAGACGAGGAGGAGAUGGAGAGGGAAAGAGAGAGAGAGAGAUAGAGAAACAUCGUGGAGAGGGUAUGUGAGGUAGUAAGAGAGACACUGAGUAAUAUGAGCAGAUGCUAAAGGUUGGUGGAGUUCAGGUGCUAUGAGGACAUGAAGGAAAAAUAUGCAACAACGAGAAAGGUUUCAAAUUAAAAAAAAAA